CAAGUUUGUCAUUAGGCAUGAAUGAAGCCUGGUGAGGCAGCAUCUAUUAAAAUCAGACGUGCUCAUGUUGCAAAGCUAACCUACGGAGCCCGUCUUUGUAGGGGACCAUAUUAUUGUGCCUUCAUCUCAAAAGCUGGAUUCAACAUCAUUACUGGCAAUAGUUGGCUGACCAUCCUUGGAUGCACAAACAUGGACUUGCUGCUCAUAGUUGCUUUACUCCUAAUGCAAAUGGGGAUUUGGAGCAGAGCUGAAAAAGACUUUUCAUCAGUCACUUUACCAGGAUUGCAGGCAACUUCAGAUUAUGUUACUCAGUGCUUUGACAAAAGCCAUGGGGCUGUGGUUUGUGACUGGACAAAAAGCCAGAAAUCUGCUCUAACGGGUGCUAUGGUGAAUAUUUUGGAAAGUCCUUUACUGGGCAUUGAGGGAAAGGCUUGUUUGGAGUUCUGGUUCCUGGUUCCAGUUGCAGCUACUGGGUCUGAGGUUACAGUUCAGCUUAAAAGUAAUAGUAGUUUGGAGAAAAUCUGGGUCUCUCCUGUCCUGCGUAGAAAUGCAUGGAGACAAAUUUUGCUGAACUUGAAUGUCACUGAACAAGACACCCAGGUUUUAUUUGAAGCCAUCCAACCAGUCGCUCUACAGGAUCAAACUACUUUAAGACAAAUAGGGGUGAAAAAAGGUUCAUGCGGAAACCAGUGUGACUCGGACACAGACUUCUGGCCUGAUGACGCUACUCGUUGCCUGUGUUCAGUUGGCAUGCUCUUGUGCUUUCCAUCAAACUGCCCAAAAGACCAAAUCUGUGGUUCCAAUAAGUUUUCCACAUCAGGGAUUUGCACCAUCCGGGAUCACACGGAGUACAGCACCUUUGAUGGCGUUCAGUUCCAGUCCAUGGCUCCCUGCAGCUAUGUGCUGACAAAGUCUUGCACGGAAGUCAUGGAAAAGUUCAGUGUUGAGGUGGUUAAUGAGCAGGGUGGCAAUUCAUCAAUAACCAUGGUCAAAGGGAUUACUAUGACUUUAGGGAACAUCAUGGUGUCUCUGAUAGAAAAGCAAAGAGACAAAGUUGUGGUGAAUGGUGUCUGGAAGAGCCUUCCCUUCAGCAUCAACACUAGUAUUGAUGUUCAAAUCCAAAGCAACUCUGCUGCAACACUACUGGAAGCAGGUUUUGGUCUGUCUGUUUCCUAUGACCAUGCUGGAGCAAUCAGUGUUAUCCUGCCGUCAAACUUCUCUAAUGAAGUGUGUGGAUUGUGUGGCAACUUCAACCAUAUCCACAGAGAUGACUUUCUCAUGGCUAAUGGUACAAUGGCAGAAAAUGUCACGGCUUUAGCUGAGAGUUGGCAAACUGAGACAACUAGCACUUCCUGUAAAAGUGCUUUGGUGUCUCCAAAGUGUGACCCACUGGAUGAGGAAGAAUAUGCCAGUGAAAUGUACUGUGGACUACUUCUCUCUGGUAGUGGGCCUUUUGCCAACUGUACAUCCGUUGUUAAAGUCGAGAGCUAUUUCAAGGCCUGUGUCUCAGACAUGUGCUCUGCUCAUGGUGAUCAAGCAGAGCUGUGUAAGACAUUACAGCUCUAUGCCAGUGUUUGCCAGGAUGCUGGAGCUGCUCUGCCCAUGUGGAGGAACUCAAUGUUUUGUCCUCUGAUGUGUGGCAAUAACAGCCACUACAAUGCCUGUGCUGAUGGCUGUCCAAAGGCAUGCUUCAGUCAGAACAAAACUAGCUGUGGAAGCUGUGAGCAAAGGUGCGAGUGUGAUGCUGGAUUCAAACUUGGCAGGAAUAAGUGCAUAACAGCAGAAGACUGUGGAUGCCUAUAUGAUGGAAAAUACUAUGAGAAAGGAGAGCAGUUUGUGAGGGAUGACUGCAUUCAACAAUGCCAAUGCAUGGGUAAUGACCUCCUGGAAUGCACAAAGCUGCAGUGUUCCAACAACAAAGUAUGUAAAGAAAUGGACGGAGUCAGAGGCUGCUUCCCUUUUAAACCAGCUACAUGCAGUGUGUAUGGGGAUCUCCAUUACAUCACCUUUGACAACUUGGCCUACAACUUUCAAGGGGGCUGCAGUUACAUACUGACCACAUCAUGCGGUGAUGCACAAUCAUUGAACUUUACAGUUAUUGGACACAAUAUGCAUCCUCCCCUUCAAAACGUCACCAGGUCAAAACUUAACAGUGCCUCUCUUGAAGUUGAUGAUCUGAGGUGUACCUUGACUCAAAGUGGAGAAGUCUACGUACAUGAGAACCUUAUCAGACUUCCACACUCUGUCAGCGGUACAUAUGGAGCAGUGUGGAUCUAUGCAGAGGAAAAUUACAUAAUCUUGAAGGCAUCCUUCGGCUUAAAAGUCAUUCUUGAUGGACAGGGCAGACUAUUCCUGCAGGUGGAUGAGCAAUACAAGUAUAAUCUCUGUGGACUGUGUGGAACUUACUCUGGGUUCCAAGGUGAUGACUACUACAUGCCAGGGGAGCAUGUUGCCAAUGAGACAUCUGAAUUUGGAAACAGUUGGAGAGUGCAAAAUGAGUGCAUUACGGAGGAAACUUACCCCAGACAAUGUGACAGUGAGACCAUUGCCAACAUGGAGUGUUCCAUGCUGUUUAAGGAUGAAUUUUCUGCUUGCCAGGAGCAUGUCCAUCCAAGUAUCUACCUCAAUAGUUGUGUUUAUGACUACUGUGCCACCAGUGGUGAUCAGCACACACUAUGUGACUCUCUGAAGUCUUAUGAAUCAGCAUGCCAGAUUGCAGGAGUGACUCUUCCAAACUGGGAGCCUGGAACAGCCUGUGCGCAACGCCUACUUCCAACAUCGACCCCUUCACCUUCAAGUCCAGAACAGACUUUCUGUCCUAUGGAUUGUAACUUUGAUGAAAAUCUUUGUGGAUGGGAGCAAGUAAUUAAGGACAGUUGUGACUGGACCAGAUAUUCUGGCCCAACGCCUUCAAAUCUAACUGGGCCAAACCAAGAUCAUACUUCUGGAGAUGGCUUCUACUUGCACCUUGAGAGUAAUGGGGUCUCCCACGGCAACUCUGCAAGUUUGCAGAGCUCGUUGUGCUCCUAUAGUGGUCCCCUCUGCUUGCAUUUUUGGUACUACUUGUAUGGCUCCGCUGUUGGUAUGACCCUUAACAUCUUCCUGCUCAAAGACAACAAAGCUGUCAAGCUUUGGUCUGUGGUUAACAACCAGGGCCCAAAAUGGCAUCUGGCAAGUGUUGAUCUCAGGGUUUCUGGUUCUUUUCAAAUCAUUAUUGAAGGUGUGAGAGGCGCUUCUGAUCAGUCGGAUGUGGCACUGGAUGACAUCUCUACCAGUCUUGGCACUUGCUCAGAAGUUGUCUCAAGGUUUACAGAUGAAACUGUUCAAACUACAGAAAUUAUACCAUCUCCAGUCUGCAGUGUCAACUGUAGCUUUGAUGGCAGUCUAUGUAGUUGGAAUAAGAUGGCCACAGAUGCUCUUGACUGGAUAUGGAACAGUUACACACCAACUCCGAUUUCCGACAGCACUUCUGGCCCCACAAAUGGUGGAAGUUAUCUCUGCAUUGAGGCUAAAGGCAUGGUACAAGGCAAUACAGCUCGCCUUAUUAGUCCAGAGUGUUCUGCCAUUGGUCCUCACUGCCUACAGUUUUGGUACCACAUGCAUGGCCCAAGUGAUCAUAUGGGCCUUGAUGUUUAUUUGCUUCAGAACCAAGCAACUGAGAUUGUAUGGUGGAAAAGACAUGACCAAGGCAAUGUGUGGCACUUGGCUCUGGUGGACUUCUAUGCAACAACAAUGUUCCAGAUACUCAUUAAAGGGCAAAGGGAAUCCAAUGAUCAGUCUGUUGUGGCAAUAGAUGAAAUGAAGCUUCUUCACCUUCCAUGCUCUGAUGUGAGGAUGGCGAAUGAGGUCCUUCCUUCAAGAUACUUUAAUCCAGCAGAUCUACAGAGUGCCCCUCCACAAACUCUUUCUCCAAUAAACAAAUCUCCUACAAAGGAAGUGAUCACACAGCCAGCUGAUGGAUGUCAGAUGAACUGUAACUUUGAAGAAGAUUUAUGCCAGUGGACUCAACAGCUUGACGUGUUUGAUUGGAAAAGGCACAGUGGCCCCACACAAAGUACCAUCUCUGCUUCCUCUAACUCAAAACAAGGUGGCCACUACAUUUACAUUGAAGCAAAGAGUGUGCCGUUUGGAGAAACGGCUCGUCUUAUUAGUUCUGAAUGUUCUGCCGCUGGACCUCAUUGUUUGCAAUUCUGGUACCUCAUGGACGAUUCAGCAGGGGAAGUUGGCCUUGACGUAUACUUGCUCAACGAUGGAAACACUGAUUCAUUAUGGAGGAAGAGGGAGGGACAAGGCAUUGUAUGGAAUCUAGCUCAAGUGAACUUUGUAACAACCGGAACAUUUCAGGUGAUCUUUGAAGGGAGAGGUUCAGAUCAGUCAGUGGCUAUUGAUGACAUCUCACUCCAUAGAGGAUUCUGUGCAGGUUCUGGGCCAUCUCAAGGAAGCAUUGCUGGGAUACCAAAAAUGGCUACUUCAAAAACACUCCAAAAUUCUGCUGUGAUGCUUGGAACAUCCAAAACUGCAACCCAUCAAUACCAACUUCAGCAAACACAGCUACAAGUAACGCCAAGACCACAAGUUGCACAGAGGCAACCUCCAACAUCAAGGUGUAAUGAAACAACAGUCCCACAUCAACCUGCCACUGAACCAAAGUAUAGACCUGAAACUACUGUUAAACAACCUUUAACCACAAAGGGCAAUGCAACAAUAGCCCAACAGCAACUUUCAACGCCUACACCUGAAUCUACACCCAAAACCAAUGUUCUAAAAAACUAGACUUACCAUAGCAAUGUAACAGCAGCCCCACAAGCACCUUCAACUGUAGCACCAGAAGUUGCAACAAGAACUGUGACCACAGGGGGUAAUCCACUGCAACCUACAACUGCUACGCCUGAAUCUACACCUCACAUAUCAGUUAAACAACCUCUGACCAAUCGUAGCAAUACACCAGCUGGUCCCCAAUUGCCUUCAACUGCUGCACCAGAAGUUUCAACAAGAACUGUUCCACAGACUGUGACCACAGGGGAUAAUCCAACAGCAAUUCCACUGCAACCUACAACUGCCAUGCCAGAAUCUACACCUCACAUAUCAGUUAAACAACCUCUGACCAAUCGUAGCAAUACACCAGCUGGUCCCCAAUUGCCUUCAACUGCUGCACCAGAAGUUUCAACAAGAACUGUUCCACAGACUGUGACCACAGGGGAUAAUCCAACAGCAAUUCCACUGCAACCUACAACUGCCAUGCCAGAAUCUACACCUCACAUAUCAGUUAAACAACCUCUGACCAAUCGUAGCAAUACACCAGCUGGUCCCCAAUUGCCUUCAACUGCUGCACCAGAAGUU